CUUUCAUCUGGCAGCGCUGAAUAGACCUCUGCAAUUAUAUUACACACAUGAGGAGAGGAGAUGAGAGGGGGAUACUGAGAUCGAGUCAGGAAGACAGAAAAACAGAUGGAGAACAAAGAGAAGUGGAUGGAAGAUGAUAGGAAGAUGACAGGACGAAGGGGGGAAACAGAUGACUGGAGCAGAAAAGGAAAAAGCUACUAUCCACGGCAGAUAUCGAGAGGUGGCAAUUUUUUAUCUUUCGGUUUUGAUGAACAAAUUACAACGACAGAUGAAUGGACCUAGCAGGGAAAAAAAUGGGGAGAGAAGAAUGUGAGGGAUGGAAUCUAACAGCUCACGUUCUGUUCCUGCAUGUCCUUCUAUCUCUUCUAACGGAGGUGAUGACAUGACGAUGGAGACUUCUCCUGAGGUGUAGAAACUAGGGAUGGCUAUCUCUGAUGUGUGGUGGGCGGAGUGAUUAUGCAACACACAACAACAAUCGUUUCUACAGACAAGAUUUGGAUGCAAAGCUGACCGGUUGGCAGACUCCACCACCACCUCCUCUCUCACGUGACCACGCCCCUUCCUUUCACUUCCAACCCCAACAUGGAACCCAUCAAGGUCCAAUCAGAAGGUGGCCUGAACGUGACCCUCACCAUCAGGCUGCUGAUGCACGGAAAGGAGGUGGGAAGCAUCAUAGGAAAGAAAGGGGAGACCGUGAAGAAAAUGCGUGAAGAUAGUGGCGCCCGCAUCAACAUCUCGGAGGGGAACUGUCCCGAGCGGAUAGUGACCAUCACCGGGCCGACAGACGCCAUUUUCAAGGCCUUCGCCAUGAUCGCCUACAAGUUUGAGGAGGAUAUAAUCAACUCCAUGAGCAACAGCCCAGCCACCAGUAAGCCACCAGUAACCCUGAGGCUCGUCGUUCCUGCCAGCCAGUGUGGCUCCCUCAUCGGCAAAGGCGGUUCCAAAAUCAAAGAAAUGAGAGAGUCCACAGGUGCUCAGGUCCAGGUGGCAGGCGACAUGCUGCCCAACUCCACUGAGAGAGCAGUGACCAUUUCUGGGGCGCCUGAAGCCAUUAUCCAGUGUGUCAAACAGAUAUGUGUGGUGAUGCUGGAGUCCCCACCGAAAGGUGCCACCAUCCCCUACCGCCCAAAGCCUGCCUCCACCCCUGUCAUUUUUUCAGGUGGCCAGGUAAGAGCAGAUCCACUGGGGGCGUCCACAGCCAACCUCAGCCUCUUACUGCAGCACCAGCCACUGCCUGCUUACACCAUUCAAGGACAGUACGCCAUCCCUCAUCCAGAUCAGUUGAGCAAGCUCCACCAGUUGGCUAUGCAGCAAACCCCCUUUACCCCCCUCGGACAGACCACCCCUGCCUUCCCCGCAGCAGGUCUGGAUGCCAGUAACCAGGCCAGUACUCAUGAACUCACCAUUCCCAAUGAUCUAAUAGGCUGCAUAAUCGGACGCCAGGGAACCAAAAUCAACGAGAUCCGUCAGAUGUCUGGGGCGCAGAUCAAAAUUGCUAACGCCAUGGAAGGGUCAUCGGAGCGCCAGAUCACCAUCACAGGGACCCCCGCCAACAUCAGCCUGGCUCAGUACCUCAUUAAUGCAAGGUUCAGAGAUGUGGCUGCCAUGUGGAAUGACCCAUCAUCCAUGACCACAUCCUGAGAUCCCUGACUGGCUCCUCCGUUUGGCCCUUUCCAAUGACCGACUACCGCAGACAACCCUAAUGAAGCCCCUCGGACUCUGGCUCUGGCUCUCCGAAAAACCUUGACCACCUCACCAACCUGGAUGACUCUACAACAGGGAGGGUUUGGUGCUCGCUUUUAUUUCAGAGAGCCAAAUUUAAUCAAAGAUUUUAAAAAAUCAUACGAAAAACUCUCUGUUGAUUAGUUUUUUUUAGAGAACUGUUAAAGCAUGUUGAAUGUUUAUUAGGAAAACACUUAUGUUCCUUUUUUUUUCUUCGUCUAUUGCUUUUUCUAAAUACUAUCUGUCAGUGCUGCGUCAUAGAACAACAUUUAAAAGUACUAGCAAAAGACUGGAGAUUUUUGUAGAACGUAGGUAUUUGUAUAUUACAAAACAGCUGCUCAGUGAUGCUAUCGGCAGAGUGUGUGGUGGGAUGUAGCCAAAUGGUUAAAUUUUGAUGAAAUAAUUUCUCAUGUAAAAAAAAACAUUUGGACUGUUCCUUGUCUAAUCUCUGCCCAAGACUCUUUGCUGCAUCACAUGACCCUUUGAAGCCAAUGGUAUCACUCCUCCAGCCUCCCUUCUCAUGUUAAUUUCCUCUAUUUACAAAAUUGCUUAUAUUGCAUGUGUUCAGUGUUGUGUUGUUGGGUAUUGAGUAAAAAACCUGCUCUGUGUUUGCGCUUCUUCAGAUGUUACUAAUAUAUCUUUGUGCCCCUGUUUCUUUUCCGCAAACUUUUUCAGCAUUUUUGGCCGUUCACGUCCAGUCCUACUCCCUGCCCAGACAGAAAGACUUUCCAACAUAGCCUCCUUUCAAAACCGAUUAAUAGUAUAUAUUGUAGAUGCAUGGAUGGAAAUUAGUAAAAAUCAGUGACUUGAACACUGACGGAAAUUUUAAAUGAUUGUUUACUAACUUAUUAUUAUGUAUUUGUUUUGUACAAGAACUAUUGUGACUUAACACAUUAGUCGACUACGCGCGCUCAUGCAAUAGACUAUUCAACACUUUACUCUGGACUGCCUCUAAUGUGGGAGGAUUAGUUGGACUUCAAAUCCAGGUGUUCGUCCAAAUGUUUUGGCUUUUUCGGUCAAGUCCAAAGACGCCUAAGCGUUUGGACAAAGCCUAAUGGUACUUUUGGGGCCAAGGAAUGUUCAGGGGUUCAUUGGGGGGAACCCACAGGGCCUGGGCGGACGUGACCACUCAGUCUCUUUUUCACGAUUGUUCAUCUCGUCAUGUUUUGUCAUCAUCACGCAGUUGAUUUGACGCUUUAGUUUUGAAUGUCUUUUCAUUGUCAUAACCAUGUCAGCAACUUAAUUGUUUUUUGUAAAGGACAAGUUGGAUGACAAUUCCUGCUUUGCUUGUUUUUCGUAAAGCCAGGAUUUUAUUUAUUUAUCUAUGGUUUUGUGAUGCACAUAUUUUUUGUUUGCUAAUCAUGAUGCUUAAGCUAAGUUGGUUUUGCUGUAUUGUACUUAAUAUGAGAAGGAGGUGUGGGUGAUAUUUGGUAAAGUAAUUCAACUAUCCACUGAAAAUGCUACUGGUUUAGGAUCCUCUACAGAUAUUGAACAGCUUGGUCAUCUCCUUUAUGAGCGUCAGCUAAGCUCAGUUCAGUUUUGAACAAUUCUUGAAUGUUGUUGUUGAAUCACAUUAAGUAUAAUCCAACACCCUUGUUUUGCAUAAAUUUACUCCUACAUACACCAAACUUUUGUUUUAUGUCUAAUAGUAAUUUAUUCAAAAACCAUUUGACAUUUUGGGAACAAUGUUCUUAAAUAUUUUUGGACACAUAAAUUACUGCUAGCUUUCAGCUAAAUUAGAAAAAUGCUGGAAAUAACAAAAGAUUCUGUUACACUCACAAGCACCUAAAAUAUAUUAAUUUAUAUCUAAUUUCUUCUGUAUGCAAAUUUUUUAGAUUGGUUUUAACUCUUUGUAAAAAGUUUUUUAACUAAUCAAGCACCAAACUAAAAAUAGAAAACUGUCUAAAGUAAUGUGAAUGUUUGUUAAGAAUCUAGAUUUAAAUCCAGAAAAAGGUCGUUUUUGAUUUUCUACAAGUUGUUUGGUGAAUAUCUUUAAAUAAAUUAACAGCACAUUGAAUAUCACUAGCUUUCUUAAUUAACAUUUGUGCUUAAUGGAUGACCAUAACAGUUAGCAUUAGUGGUUAGCUUCAAGUUUGCUGCACUUAUAUUUAGAAAAAUUCUAAAAUUAAAUCCAAGUCACUCCUGAUAGUUUACAAGUUGACACAUUUUGUGAAUUUGCUAAACUAAUUACGCUACAAAAUUAAGCUAAAGCUAGAAAAGUCUACAUUUUAACGCUGAAAGUCAGUCUUCUUUUCUAUUUGAAUCACAUUAAAUAAUAAUGUUUCUAAAGUAAUAUAAAUGCUUCGGAAAAAUAUGCUGCUGUUGGCUUGGCUAAGCUUAGCUAUCUUGAUUAAAACCCAGAAAAGUCUAAAUUCAAAUACAGAAUGUUAGUCUUUAUGUUUUACAAGUUUUGUAUUUUACUGAAUAUGUUUAAUUAACUAUCAGAUAACUAUUAAUAAAUAUAAUAUGGCAUACUAGCUGGCAUUGGCUGAGCUAAGCUAAGUUAGCAGACAGCUAAUAGUAAUGUCCAGUUCUAAACAAGAUCAUUUUUCAAACUGUCUUUUCCUUUAAAUCUUUGGCGCUUUGAUAACUGAAAUGUAAUUAUGUAAAUGGACCAAAUGCUGUUUCAAUAUACUGAAGUCAAUGAUUAUUCUGCAAUAACUCUUAUUUUUUGAUGUAUAAUGAAGUAGUUGUGGUAGCUUUGAAUGGGUUUGUGUUUCUUUUUAUUUUUUGUUGUAAUUGCUUGUAUUAAGUGGGAAUGUUUGUCAAAUCUAAAAAGAAAAAGAAAUGAUGUUUUUUGGACAGUAUGCUAAUACCAGACAGGGAAUUCUUUCUGCAUUACCCGUAAACUGUACCGACAGAGAAUACCCUAGCAGCUAAUGUGGCUUUUUUACAACAAUUUUCAGUGCAUGUGUAUGAUCGAAAUACUUGCUUUAAUAAUCAGUAUUGACCAGCUGUUUCUAGCACAGUUGAGUGUGCAUUAAAAAAUUGGUUUUGUUGUAUCGUUUGAAACUGAUUAAGUUGUAAGUAAUGAAAGUGUGAGUUCAACAACAUCAAUAUUCAUGUGUUACACAGUGUUUGAAAACUAUAUUUACAUUUGUGUAUAUGCCUGAGUAUGCGACAACUUUGAAACAAACUGCAACUAAUGCAAUAAUAGGGUACAAUGUGCAAUUAUUUAGACAGUUAUUUCCUUAUUAGCUUGGUAGAUACAGAAGAGCUGUGUAGCUUGUUGAAAUGGCUUUUAUUUUAUCAACGUUCAGAAUGGCCGCAACAGCUGGAAAAAAAAGAAUGAUCCGAUUUCUUUGUUAGUUUUGUUCAUGUGUAUUGCAGUUUUAGGGGGGUGAUGGGACUUUGUAACUAUUUUCAAUUGAUUUAUUUGCUAUGUGCAGAUCUAUAUUAGUUGUGAGUAAUUACAUAGGUUUUAAUUUAAAAGUGUUGGUAACUAUAAAAAUCAAAUAAAGUUUCAUUUUUUUUCCUUCUGUGA